AUCUUCCUCUAAAAAUUAAAAUGGCGGCCAAAAGAAAGCAAGAUGAGAAACACCUCAAAAUGUUACGGGAUAUGGCGGCAUUACCCCACAACAGACAGUGUUUUGAUUGUCACCAAAGAGGACCAACAUACCUGAAUAUGACAACUGGAUCAUUUGUGUGCACAGCUUGCAGCGGGAUACUACGAGGAAUUAAUCCCCCUCAUCGAGUGAAAUCAAUAUCCAUGGCCAGUUUUACUCCUGAAGAAAUUGAUUUCAUAAAAUGUCAUGGAAAUGAAUUCUGUAGAAAAGUAUGGCUGGGACUCUAUGACAGUAAGAAAGACCAGGCAGAACCCGAUUCUAGAGAUGAACAAAAGAUCAAGGACUUCAUGGCGCAGAAGUACGAGAGGAAGCGGUGGUAUCAAGCCCCCACAGACUCCAUGAAGGAGGAAGCCAGACAAAUCAAUGAGUCGGCCACAAACCGACAGCCACCCACACGGCAACUAAAGACACUUCUAGGGGAGAAAACACCACAGCUUGUGGUAAAAAAUCAGUCCCCCCAGACGACACCAAAGAACCAUGCGGCCCAGCAGCCUCCCCCCGUGGCCCAGCCCCCCGCCACACAGAGUUUCUCCUCCCCGGGGCAGCACAGCCAGUCCUCACAGUCCUCCGGAUCCACCACCAUGGAUCUCCUUGGAGAUUUGGGGGGUGACCCAUUUGCUUCCUCGGCCCCUCCAGCUCAGACCCAACCCAUAGGCGGUGGAGGGGGAGAAGGAGGUUUUGCCGACUUUAGCCAGUUUGGCAGCCAGUUCACUGCACAACCUGCUUCUCAACCCUUCCCAGCAUUCCAGAGUUCCAGCAGUUCCCUUUUUCCAAUGUCUAAUACACCGGCCAGUGCAGCCCCUGCAGUGAAUGGCGGGUUUGCCAGUUUUACCCCUGCCCAGUCAGCAGCGCCACCUGCCAGCACAGCACCCUCAGAAGCAGGGGGAGACAAAUACUCAUCGCUGGGAGACUUGUUCAGCACUCCUGUGACAACAGAAUCCAACACCACCGCUCUAAGUUGGGGAGGAUCCAGCUCCAACUCAGCUGUUAACUGGAAUGGAGGGGGAGGAACCAGCACCAGCGCAGGGGGGAUUGAAUGGAACAGCACAGGAAGUAGUGGAUCUGGAAUGAACUGGGCUAGUGGAGGUACAAGCAAUACCAUGGGAAUGACUUCCAACUGGAACUCUUCCUCAAGUGCUAAUAAUUCCAUGGCCCCAUCCAACUCAGCCUUCUGUAUUCCACCCAGUGCAUACUCUUACACCCAGAUGGGUAGGAGUGGAAACCCGUUCUUCUCAGACUCUGGGGGAGCGAAUCCAUUUGGAGGGACAUCAGCUUCCACCCAACCAAGCAAUCCCUUUGGUGGAGCAGGAGGGCAGCCAUCUUUAUUUGGGAACCAGCCAAAUGCGGGCUUUGGUCAACAGCCAGGUGGAUUCGGAAAUCAACCAACAAGUGCUGCAGGAUUUGGAGUGCAAACAUCUAUGGUCGGAGGGUUUGGAACUCCCACACCUGCUGUCGGGGGAUAUGGAGGAACCCAGACAAGUAUGGCAGGAGGAUUUGGUGCCCCGACGUCAAUGACAGGAGGUUUUGGACAACCAGCUUCAAAUGCUGGAUCUUUUAACAUGGGAGGUUUUGGACAGACCUCUCAAGCAGGAGGCUUUGGCCAGCCAGUGGGAGGUUUUGGGGGUGCAGGAAUGACAAAUCAGUUAAAUAAUCAGAAUGGAGCAUUCAGUUCAAUAGGACCAACAAAUACAAGUGCUGGAUUUGGGGCUUUUUCACAAGCCCAGACAGUGCCCAAUCAGUUUGGACAUUCAAUGCCCGGACAGUUCGAUAAUAAAAUGGGAGGUUCCCAGGGAUUUCCCUCAGGAUGGGGAGGUCAGCCAGUGGCCACUAACUCGCACACAGUCAAUCCAUUUAUGUCCACAGCUGCCCAAUCGAUGGCUCCAAAAAGUGGUUCUACCAACCCUUUCUUGUGAUGGACCGGCAUAGCUUUGUUUUAGCUUUUUAAAACACAUUAAUUUUGAGUGAACACUUCUCGAAUGUCAUUUGAACCAAAGUUGAUUUUCUGUUGAACAAAGACGUGGUGCCAUGUGCUUGUGUAUGCUGUCAGUGUGGGCUUGAAUGGGAUUACCAUGAAGUGUGCAAUGGAUCUAGAGAGGGGUGUAUCUGUAUUCUGUUAUAGGAUGGAAAGUAUCUUAAGUGUGUAGUAUUCACUACUGGUCACUGUAACAAUACUAAUACCAUUAGUCAGGCUUUAUUUUAUCAGAGAGAGAAUAGAAAAAAGUCAAGUCGCGAGGUACACUUUCUCAUAAUAUGUCUCUGAGACAGUGACAAUGUUGUCAGCUUGGGUUUGAAUACAUGUAUUUUGUUGUUAAUUAUUCAUCUGACAAUCUGUUAGAACUGUCGAAACUGUUCUUAUGAGGAACAAUCACAUGCUGUUUAAGAUGUUGAACGGCUAACUACUGAUCCUGUAUGUGAAUUCCACUGUAUGUAAUGUUGGGCGUGGCUCACCAAACAUUUCUCUUUAUAAUAUUGAUUGAUAAUUUAAACAGUGCUAGUCAAAAUCCUUGUUUGUUGUAGAUUUUGAUUCUUCUGUUAUUACUAAAAAGUGCCUGCAUGGAUAAAUGAAUUAAAUUUAAAAAAAAAACUUUGACCAGGAAUUAAGCAAUCUAGUACACCACAUUUGCAGCGCACUGUAUUCUGAAUACAUACAUAGAAUGUACUAAUAUUUUUGUUUUAGUUUUUGAAAUAAAAUUUUAGUUCAUGAAACCCCCAAAAUGUAUGGUUAGUGAGAUAUGUUCAUACUUGAAAAACUUUGUAUUCCUAAAAUUGAAAUUAUAUAUGUGGAAAGAAUAAAAUGUUUUAUUAGUGAUUUUAUGCUCAUGUAUUCAUGUUAAGAGUUUCUGUGUAAAAUUAUUCAAAGGGGCUUGGUAUGCUUCAGUUCAUAUUCACAAAUUAUUAUGUGGAAUUUUCCAUCAAGAAAUGUGCUUGGCAAAAAAUGAAACAAGGUGCAUACAAAACUAAAAUGAUUCGUAUUCAGGGAUGUGCUAUUGUAACCUCAUGGAUGUGCAUGAUGUAACAUAUAAAGUUAUUUCAUCAUUAUUAUUUAGGGUACUAUAUCAUGAAUUUUGUGUUUCAACAGUAGUUCAAAGUGUAAUGAAAUUAAAAAAUAGAUGUGAGGAAAAUUCACUAGACAAAAAUAUUUAGGCCUGCAUAAAUUUCUCUUUGCUGGCUUGUCUUCCUUUAUCCAGUAAAAAAUAAAUUUGAAGCAUGUUUUUUACAUAUUUUAAAUUGCAAUUUGAAUGCUAACUAAAGUUAAUCCCAAAGAAUGUGUAAGUGUGAGUUAUGGAAAUCAUUUUGAUUGAAUGUUCAACUAUUAUUAUCCAGGCAUUCUGGCUAUAUGUUUAUAUUUGUUAAUCAUAUUUUUGAACAAAAAAUUGACUUGAAACAAUCGAAUAGGAUAAUUUCUAGGUACCUAUUGUUGUAGAAAAAACUAUGUACUUGAUACUUAUUUGUUGAAAACAAAAAGUUAUAACAGCUUGUAUUGUUCUCGGUUUUGAAAAGCUUGAUUCUGAAGCAGUCUGUCCAUCACAUUCCUUUAAUGUUUGUAUUUGUUCAUUUGCUUAACUUGGUUUUGUUUGUUGUUUAAUUACAGACAUUUCUUGUUUUGGCCAAUGGUGAUUUUGACACUUCAUGAUAAAUAUAUUACAAAAGUGAAAAAGGGGUUUGCCAGACAUUUUGUUAACACAAGAUUUUAUUCAUAUUUAUGCGUUUUGUUAACUUAUUUAGAAGCAAUAAUUGGUUCAUAAAAUUGAAAAUGAACCGAGUUAUAUGGAGUAUGUCGUCUUGGUUAUGUUGUAUAAUUACAAAUAAAAUAAAAUCAGAUUUUAUUUACAGUGAA